AGCGGGCGGGGCGGCCUUGAGGGGCGGCUAUGGUGGCGGCGCGGAGCUCCCCGCCUGCGACUUCGGCCCAGCCAUGUGGUGCCUGCACUGCAGCUCGGAGAGGACCCAGUCGUUGCUGGAGCUGGAGCUUGACAGCUGUGUUGAGGGUGAAGCUCCAAGCAGUGAAACUGGCACAUCUUUGGAUAGCCCAUCUACUUACCAUCAAGGACCUAUAACACACAGUUCAGCUAUAAGUCCAGACCAUUACGAUCAUUCUGCUUACGGGCUGUAUUCUGUCUCCCCUGGACAACAAAGAUCUCGGAGGCCAAAACUUCAGCAUUCAACGUCCAUACUGCGAAAACAAGCAGAGGAAGAAGCUAUUAAAAGGUCAAGAUCACUUUCUGAGAGCUAUGAACUCUCUUCAGACCUACAAGAUAAGCAGGUGGAAAUGCUAGAACGGAAAUAUGGAGGCCGUCUCAUAACUAGACAUGCUGCUCGUACUAUACAAACAGCUUUUCGCCAAUAUCAGAUGAACAAAAAUUUUGAGCGUCUUAGAAGUUCUAUGUCUGAAAAUCGUAUGUCAAGACGCAUUGUACUGUCCAAUAUGAGAAUGCAGUUUUCCUUUGAAGGACCUGAGAAAGUCCACAGCUCUUACUUUGAAGGAAAACAAGUUUCUGUUACAAAUGAUGGGUCAAAGCUGGGAUCCCUGGUACAGUCUGAAUGUAGUGACCUUGGAGAGUCAGCUACAAUGAAGUCACCAGCAGCAUCUACUGAUUUUGCUGAUGCUAUAACAGAACUGGAGGAUGCUUUUUCCAGGCAAGUGAAAUCCCUUGCAGAAUCCAUUGAUGAUGCACUGAAUUGCCGUAGCCUACAUUCUGAUGAAGUCCAGACUCCGGAUCAAGUCAGAAGUCGCGAAAUGGAAAGGGAUAGUUGUGCUCAAACUAAACCAGCAAUUCACAAUGUGGAUCACAGGAAGCUUGAUGAGAUGACCGCAUCAUACAGUGAUGUUACAUUAUAUAUUGAUGAGGAAGAGUUAUCUCCGCCCCUCCCACUUUCCCAGUCAGUAGACAGACCGUCCAGCACAGAAUCUGAUUUGAGGCUCCGGUCCGUGAACUCUUCUCAAGAGUACUGGUCCAUGACCCACAAAGAUGAUAAUAAGAUAGACACUGAUACAAGCUGCAGGAGUACCCCGUCACUGGAAUGUCAGGAACAGAGGAUGAGAAUGGAUCAUCUACCAUUGCUAACUAUAGAGCCACCCAGUGACAGCUCAGUGGACUUGAGUGACCGCUCGGAGAGAGGCUCAUUAAAGAGACAAAAUGCGUAUGACCGAGGGAUCACUAGUCAACAAGGAAGCCCAAAACACAUUCCUCACAGCAUUCCUGCCAAGAUUAUAUCCCGAGAGGAACAGGAGGCAAGACAUAGGGCUAGGCCUAUAGAUAGUCAUUUAGCUAUCAAUGGUACAGCAAACAGGCAAAGCAAAUCAGAGUCCGAUUAUUCUGAUGGAGACAAUGACAGUAUCAACAGCACUUCCAACUCUAAUGAUACAAUAAAUUGCAGCUCAGAAUCUUCCUCUAGAGACAGCCUAAGGGAGCAAACCUUGAGCAAACAAACAUACCACAAAGAAACUCGCAACAGCUGGGAUUCCCCUGCCUUCAGUAAUGAUGUUAUCAGGAAACGCCAUUAUAGGAUUGGACUGAAUCUUUUUAACAAAAAACCUGAAAAAGGAGUCCAGUACCUAAUUGAGCGAGGUUUUGUGCCAGACACUCCAGUUGGUGUUGCCCACUUUCUCCUGCAAAGGAAAGGUCUCAGCAGACAGAUGAUCGGAGAAUUUCUGGGAAAUCGACAAAAACAGUUCAACCGGGAUGUAUUAGACUGUGUUGUGGAUGAGAUGGACUUCUCAACAAUGGAACUGGAUGAAGCGCUCAGGAAAUUUCAGGCUCAUAUCCGUGUUCAAGGAGAAGCCCAGAAAGUAGAACGGCUCAUUGAAGCUUUUAGCCAACGAUACUGUAUCUGCAAUCCAGGUGUUGUGAGACAAUUUAGAAAUCCUGAUACCAUCUUCAUUCUAGCUUUUGCCAUCAUACUGUUAAACACAGAUAUGUACAGCCCAAAUGUGAAACCAGAACGCAAAAUGAAGCUAGAAGAUUUUGUCAAGAAUCUACGGGGUGUGGAUGAUGGUGAGGAUAUCCCACGAGAAAUGCUGAUUGGGAUUUAUGAGAGAAUCCGCAAACGGGAACUUAAGACGAAUGAGGAUCACGUAUCACAAGUCCAGAAGGUUGAAAAACUCAUAGUAGGAAAGAAACCGAUUGGAUCUCUGCAUCAUGGACUUGGUUGUGUCCUCUCUCUACCCCACCGGAGGCUUGUUUGCUACUGUAGGCUGUUUGAAGUGCCAGAUCCAAAUAAACCUCAGAAGCUUGGAUUGCACCAGCGAGAAAUAUUUUUAUUUAAUGAUCUUCUUGUGGUGACCAAGAUUUUUCAAAAGAAGAAGAACUCAGUUACAUACAGUUUUCGACAGUCGUUUUCCCUCUAUGGAAUGCAAGUUCUUCUUUUUGAGAACCAGUAUUAUCCCAAUGGCAUUCGGCUCACGUCAGCUGUUCCAGGAGCAGAUAUCAAAGUACUAAUAAAUUUCAAUGCACCAAAUCCUCAGGACAGGAAGAAGUUUACAGAUGAUUUGAGGGAGUCAAUUGCAGAGGUUCAAGAAAUGGAAAAGCACAGAAUAGAGUCUGAGCUAGAAAAACAGAAGGGUGUGGUGCGUCCAAGCAUGUCUCAAUGCUCCAGCCUGAAAAAAGAUUCUGGCAAUGGGACACUGAACAGAGCUUGCCUGGAUGACAGCUAUGCUACUGGGGAGGGGCUGAAAAGAAGUGCACUGAGCAGCUCCCUUAGAGACCUGUCUGAAGCAGGCAAGCGUGGGCGACGCAGCAGUGCAGGAUCGCUAGACAGCAAUAUGGAAGGGUCCAUCAUUAGCAGUCCUCACAUGCGCCGAAGAGCUACAUCAACCCGAGAGUGUCCAUCUCGCCCUCACCAGACUAUGCCUAACUCCUCCUCACUCCUAGGUUCCUUAUUUGGUAGUAAAAGGGGAAAGCCACCUUCCCAAGGCCAUCCACCAUCUGGCUCAUCACAGCAACCUCCGCACCCUCCAGUAAUCCCACAUCAGCAACACUCACAGCAUCCUUCUGCCAUGCAUCAUGCAGGGCCAGCUGAGGGGCAGACACAGGCACAAGUGCAUUCUCACCAUUCACAGUACUGUCAUAUGCAGCAGAACCCACCACCCUACCACCACCACCACCACUAUCACCCUCCCCAGCAUCUCCAGCAUCCACACCAGUAUCACCAACAUGUGCCCCAUUCCCAGCAUGCGGCACACUCCCAGCAUACUCCUUACAUGCAGCAUGCCCAUGCGCAGCAUACCCACUCUCCUCACCCGCCGCUGCCCCCUCCGCACCCAGGGCACUCUUCUCAUCCCCAACACUCUCAGCAUCACCAUGGACCGCCACCACCUCCCUCCACUUCAGCCAGCACUAAGCCCAAACACAGUGGCAUCAGCACAAUAGUCUAGAACAUAUUGACCCUCCUAAUAAUGAUAGUUUUAAACAAAGUUACAAAGGCACUUACAGGAAGCAACAAAUAAUAUUGUCAGUUUUUACCUAGACAAUUUGAGUUGUGUGAGCUUAAAGGCUUGCUGUUACUAAAUAAAAUAAUUCAAGUUAGCGCAAUCGAUACUGGUUUCACUUAUCUACUCGACAGACGUUUACCAUCUGGUUAGUUCUUAUUUCCAACUGCCUUGAAAACAUGCUGCUUGCUGAAUAUGGGUAAAGCGAUCUUUUACACCAAAUCCCUUGACAAUUUUACAUGCAUAAUAAAAACUUAGUCUACGAAACAAGGAAAAAAGUGAUACAGAACCAAGUGUUGCAUUCUUGCUCUUUUCUUGUCAAUGGGCAAAAAAAAUAAGUAGACCUGAUAUGGUUGAUGAAAGUACGUAAGUAAACUUUAUAUAAUAUAAAUAUAUACAUAUAAAUAUAUAUAUAUAUAUACUGUAUAGUUAACAUUUGUGCUUGGAAAGAAUUUUUUUCAGUCCACAAAACUAGCAAUAUAGACUUUACAAGGAAUUCCACUUACUUGAUAGGACAGUAUAAUAGAUGAAUAGCAUAUGAAAGAGUAGACCAAAAACAUUAACUGUUAGAAACAAAUUUCAGACAUUUCAGUAUUUUCAUUAAAAGUCCUCUGGACUUGCUAAGAUUUCUAAGCAAUCAUUACUAAAUGUGCCAAGUAACAUAGCAUUUAAAUGUUGUAGUCAAAUACUGCUUUGUAUAAAUCCUUAUUUUAUUAACACGAUAAUAUCAUACUUAAUCAGUAUUAUAACUGCUCUGCUAUGUCAGGUAAGCAAACUUGUUAAGAUGCAGUAAUUGUACCGUAGCAAUGUAGGAUGACCAUUUACCAGUGGUCAUCUUCAAGCAUUGGUCACACAAAUUCUUAGACACUUUAAAGGCUGUGAUAACUGUGAAUUUACAUGAUCCACAUUUCUUUUGUAUGCAUAUGAUUUAACGAACACACAUGAAGAGUUACAACAGGUGCAUGUACACACUGCAAAAACAUUCAUCUUGAACAUGAAAAUGGCAAACUUCCAUCUUUCUCAGCUACUUUGUUUCCUGUUUACCAUAAUUUCUCAUUUUUACCCCCAAUGAAGCUGAAUUCUAGUCAGAGUGUUUCCAGGUGGAAGUGCUCUAAAACUUGAAGGUUUGUUUUAGAAUUUAGUAUAGGGUUUUUAUAUAUAUAUAUAUAUACAUAUUAAAAAAAUACGUAAUUCCAUGUAGCCAUGUGCUAGCAACAAAGUGGCUUCACCAUUUUUACUCAUCACAUUUGUUAGUUUGAAAAUAUCCAGCACUCAGCAGGCUGAGUUUAUGCUCAAACCCUCACUUUCAUAGUCCAGUUAGUUGCAAGACAUCACAUAAAAACAGGCUGUGCUGUUGUUGCUUAUGUGUUGUAAUCAAACCAUUUGCAAAUUUAUAUACAAUUUUUAUCCCAAAAUCCUGUACAAAGUUAUACAUGGCGCCUACUUUGUAGUUUCAGCAUUUUGAGCCACUGCAAGGACUUUACACCUAAACAGUAGAGACAAAGGAAUCACAACUGCAAAACUGUACCAGCCUAAAAGCAAACCUUGAAGAGGAUGAGCAAAAAGUUCCAGUGUGAGAUGGGUAAAAGUAAUAAUAAUAAUAACCACCAGUCAAUUUUCUGUUUAACGGUAAUAAAAUUGUCAGGAA